CCGCGCGUAAAGUCCGACCCGCAGCCCAGCGCAACUUCCAGUGGGUUCUCUCGCACACAUUUCGGCGAUUUAUAUGCAGCCAUGACGCGGGAGGACGACCUCAUCCGCAUGGCCAAGAAGCUGGAAAAGAUGGUGGCUCGAAAUAACACGGAAGGCGCCAUGGACCUGCUGAAGGAGCUCAAAAGUUUCAAUAUGACCCUUCAACUCCUCCAGGAAACACGGAUCGGCAUGUCUGUGAAUAGCAUCAGGAAGCACUGCACAGACGAAGAGGUCAUCGCUUUGGCUAAAGUCCUCAUUAAGGAAUGGAAAAGACUUUUGGACUCGAGCCACCCUCACACGGAGAAAGCGGAAGAAGAGAAGAACGGUUUGGACUCCAGCAAAGCAGCAGUGUCUCCAAACAGCUCACCCAGGAGAUUGGACGUCAAACAGAGACAUGAUUCAGUACCUGAUGCAAAUCAGUUUAUUAAAGACAGGAAAGAAAAACAUACUGCUCAGCCCAAAAAUAAAAAAGGGCCCAGAGGCGAGCGUGUGGAUGAAAAGCACCUGCAUAGGAAACAUCUAAAAGAAAUACUUAAAGAAGAAGGUAAAAAGCCAAGAGAAGAAGAAAACAACCAGCUUGAGAAAAGACAGAAGCACGUACAAGAUCACAUAAAGGAGAUAAGAGAGUGCGAGGUGCCCAAAAAGUUCAACGACUUGAAACCCAAAGAGGAGAGCAGACCUGAGUGGCCGAUGAACACGGUACCAGACGAACCUGUGAGGGACACCUACAGGGAGAAGCCUGCAGGUGUCCAAAAGCCGCUUUUUGAAAGAAAGAACUCUCUUGACUCUAUAUUGAGCCAGCCAGUGAAACACCAUUCAACUGACACUAAAGCCGACAGGCGCGACUCUGACUCCAAGCAGAACAGUUCACCUCCUGCAAAGAAGCUAACAUCUGAAAGGCGAGAGUCUCGUGGCUCAAAGGCCUCUCAGCCUGGACCUCCACAAAGGAAGUCAUCCACUGACCACAAUGGAAGAAAGGGCAAAACCGAAGCCCCUAAAACUCCAACCACGCCCACCAGCCCCACGUCACCUGGUCUCACACCCGCCGGAGGUCCGUUACCGCCUCACCUGACUACCGGAGACUCCGUCCGAGACAAAUGCAUCGAGAUGCUUACUGUUGCCCUGCGCACAGACAAUGACUACAAAGACUUUGGAACUAACUGUGACAGCAUGGCAGCAGAGAUUGAAGAUCAUAUCUACCAGGAGAUCAAGGCCACCGACAUGAAAUAUAAGAACAGAGUGAGGAGCCGCAUCAGUAACUUAAAGGACCCAAAGAACCCUGGCCUGCGCAGGAACGUUCUCGCAGGAAGCAUCGAUUUGAACCGCAUUGCCACGAUGAGCGCUGAGGAAAUGGCGAGCGACGAGCUGAAACAACUGAGGAACGUCCUCACUCAGGAGGCCAUCAGGGAGCACCAGAUGGCCAAAACUGGGGGCACCACCACCGACCUGCUACAGUGCGGCAAGUGCAAAAAGAAGAACUGCACCUACAAUCAGGUGCAGACACGCAGUGCUGACGAGCCCAUGACCACAUUUGUCCUGUGCAACGAGUGUGGAAACCGCUGGAAGUUCUGCUGAUGCCUUGCUGUUGAAACCAACUAUUAUUAUUAUUAUAAUUAUUUGUUUCAAUAAUGGGAGAUUUAUAAAUGUAGUUGGUGAUUUUAAACAUUUUGUAUUUCUACAAUUGUCCAUUGAAUUUUUUUUAAAGCAUGCUAAUAAUGAAGGUUUAUGUGAAAUUGAAGACUGAGCAUGAAUAAAGAUGACUCAGUCAGUAAGUAUUA